UUAUUUUACUAGGCAAGGAAUUCUGGAUGACUAGCAAAAAUCACAUUAUCAUGAGAUUAGCUUUCUGGUUUCGGAAUAGGCUUUCCCAAGAGACAUCUGCCAACACCCCAUGGGGAGUGUAUAUAAAUGCUCUGGAGAGACCUGGGAGGUCAGAACCCCAGCUCCUUGCUAAACUGACAACUUCUGCCACCAUCAUGACCACCAAGAUCUGCUCCCCAAUUUUAACCUCUGGUUCUGUCAAAGGCCUCUGUAGCACAGCAGGUGGCAUUUCUCGGAUGUCCUCUGUCCGCUUUGUGGGCUCCUGCAGGGUCCCCAGUCUUGCUGGUGCUGUGGGGUCAGCCUCCUCUUGCCGGAUGGGCCUUUCUGGCCUUGGGAGCUACAUGCCUGGCCCAUAUCUGUCUACUGGGCCCUAUGGCUCUGGUUUCAUGGGCAGUGGGGGCUGGUUCUGCGAGGGCUCCUUCAAUGGCAGUGAGAAGGAGACCAUGCAAUUCCUCAAUGACCGGCUGGCCAAUUACCUGGAGAAGGUGCGCCAGCUGGAGCGAGAGAAUGCUGAGCUGGAAAGCCGCAUCCGGGAGUGGUAUGAGUCCCAGAUCCCAUACAUCUGCCCCGACUACCAGUCCUACUUCAAAACCAUUGAAGAGCUCCAGCAGAAGAUUCUGCUAACCAAGGCUGAGAACUCUAGGCUGGUCCUGCAAAUUGACAAUGCCAAGCUGGCUGCUGAUGAUUUCCGGACCAAGUAUGAGACGGAGCUGUCCAUGCGGCAGCUGGUGGAGGCCGACACCAACGGCCUGCGCAGGAUCCUGGAUGAGCUGACCCUGUGCAAGGCUGACCUGGAGAUGCAGGUGGAAUCCCUGAAGGAGGAGCUGCUGUGCCUCAAGAAGAACCAUGAGGAGGAGGUCAACAAUCUCCGUUGCCAACUUGGGGACCGACUGAAUGUGGAGGUGGAUGCCGCCCCCCCAGUAGAUCUCAAUAAAAUACUGGAUGACAUGAGAUGCCAAUAUGAGGCCCUGGUGGAGAAUAACCGGAGAGAUGUUGAGGCUUGGUUCAAUACCCAGACUGAGGAGCUGAACCAGCAGGUGGUAUCCAGCUCCGAGCAAUUGCAGUGCUGCCAGACAGAGAUCAUUGAGCUGAGACGCACGGUCAAUGCCCUGGAGAUAGAGCUACAGGCUCAGCAGAGUAUGAGGAAUUCUCUGGAAUCCACCCUGGGGGAGACGGAGGCUCGUUACAGCUCGCAACUGUCCCAGAUGCAGUGCCUGAUCACCAAUGUGGAGGCCCAGCUAGCUGAGAUCCGCUAUGAUCUGGAGCGGCAGAACCAAGAGUACCAGCUGCUGCUGGAUGUCAAAGCCCGGCUGGAGUCAGAGAUCACCACUUACCGCCGCCUGCUGGAGGGCGAGGAUUGCAAGCUGCCUGCCCACCCAUGCACCAUGGAAUUCAAGCAUGCUAUCAGAGCCCCUCAUGUCUCCACUGUGCCCUGUGCCACGACAGUGCCCUGUACCCCAGUCCCCCAGGUCGGCACCCAGAUCCGCACCAUCACCGAAGAGAUUAGAGAUGGGAAGGUCAUUUCUUCCAGGGACCAUGUGCUGCCCCGCCCACUGUAACCUGAAUGAGGGCCACUUGGCCAGGGUCUGAGCUAUAGGAGGGAGGACAUCUCUGUGGCUUCUUGCUUGGCAUGGCCCUCUUUUUCCUAAAGGGACACAUGCCCCCUCUCACCCCUCUCCACUCAGCAGGUUUUUCUACUGAAAUAUUUCUUAGACCAUGUUCCUGAACUUGACUGCUUUUAUUCCAUGCAAAACUGGGUGUCCUUGAAAGUUUCCCCAAUAAAGCAUGUUCUCUUGGCAAAGCAAAU